GAAAGCUUUGUUGUUAGUAGCUCAUUGGUCUGUUGGACUCUGGAGACGCCUGCGCACUGAACAGGACAGGGCCAGAGCCGCCGGUGACGUCAUGUCCGGUCCUUCACGGGCCAGCCGAGAGGCUGUUGCUAUGAAGUCCGUUUUUGUCACCGUGGGCACCACCAGUUUCGACGAGCUCGUAGCCUGUGUGUCCUCCAGGGCUACACUCCAGAUCCUCAGGAGACUUGGAUAUCGCAAGCUUGUCCUACAGAUUGGAAAAGGAAGAGUGGUGCCAGACUCCUUUGCUUCUACAACUUUUUCCUUGAUUGUUUACAGGUAUAAGAAUUCCUUGAAAGAGGAUAUUAAGAGAGCAGAUCUCAUCAUUAGCCAUGCAGGUGCGGGGAGCUGCUUGGAGGCCCUGGAAGAAGGGAAACCUUUGGUGGUGGUUGUAAAUGAAAAGCUGAUGGACAAUCACCAGUUAGAGCUGGCCAGACAGCUACACAAAGAAGGCUAUCUUUUCUAUUGCUCAUGCAGCACCCUUCUUGAGCUGUUAAGAUCAGUGGACUUAUCAUCAUUGAGGCGCUUUCCUCCUGGCAAGCCAGAGAUGUUCUCUGAGUUUUUGGAUAAAGUUGUGGGGUUUGAAAAAUGAAUGCCAGGCUCUCAGCAAUUUUAGUCGACCCAUCUGAGAACCCAUACUCACACACCUCUAGAAACCUUCCUAGGAAAUGCAUGUCUUUAAUGUAUUUUUGCAAGACAAUUUGCCCUUAAUAAAUUUUCCACGUCUGAUGGAUGUACCAAAA